AUGAAGAAAUUCUUACAGUCCGAUGAGUCUCCGAUUGGCGCUGCUUUGACAGAUGUUGAAGUAUCGUUCAUAGCUUGCACGUCAACCUUAGCGGGUGCCGUCGGGGUGCCUUUAUAUACGUAUAUUGCAGAAGUCUAUGGUAGAAAAGUUGCUGUCAUAAUCAUUAAGUCCACGUACGCGGUGUCCUGGAUAUUGAAAUUAUUAGCAACGCACAAAGCAGUCCUUAUAGCCGCAAGGAUAUUCGGAGGCGUCUCUUUGGGCGGAAGUUUUAUUGUGAUUCCGAUGUAUAUUAGAGAAAUAAGCCAAGAUAGUUUAAGAGGAUCGCUAAUGUCACUUGCCUUGUCGUUUCAACAUGUCGGCGUACUGGCCGUAUACGCUAUGGGAAGCUACCUGGGCUACCAUAUUACUUUAUGGAUAGCGCUUUGUGUAUCUAUUAUAGUGUUAUGUUGUACGCCUAUAGCACCAGAAACUCCAGUGUUCCUUGUAAAAAAAGGAAAACUUGAAGAAGCACACAAAGUUCUAGCAACUCUGAGAGGAUUGAGUGUUGAUGAUGUAAUUAUACAAAAUGAAAUGAACUACAUGCAAAACGAACAGAUAUUUUACGAAACUGAAAAGAAAUUGACUUUGGUUGCGAUAUCAGGAAAUAUUGGUAAUAUUGUGGUGCGGUUUCAGCCACUGCUUAUAGGGGCAUUUUCGGUGAGCGCGGUGUCACUUAGCUGCCUGGCGUCGGCGCUGCUGGUGCAGUGGAGCGGCGCGACGGUUCCGAGCUGGGUGCCCGUGGUGACUAUUGCGACUGCAGUCUUCAGCUACACAGCAGGAGUGGUGCCGAUAGUCAAUAUCAUUUUGAGCGACAUGUUUAAAUUUCAAGUACGUGGAAAGUUGAUUGGCCUCAUUCACAUGUUCAUCUGGAACUGUACGUUCCUCCAAGUGAUAUUCUUCGAGCUGAUAUCGAGCGCUCUAGGACUCUACUCUGUGUUCUUCAUGUCAGCAUCGGUUAAUGUUCUUGGAGCGCUACUUGUGUUCUUCCUCAUUCCCGAGACUAAAGGCAAAACUACAAAAGAAAUAGAGGACAUUCUGGCUGGAAACAAAAGUGCUACUCCUGAAACUACCAGGUCCUGA